CUACGCGAACGAACCUAUUAUUGAAUGCAAGGAGCUGCGCAUCUUGAAGCUUUCCAAAUGUCAGUGGUUAGCUACAGGCGCCGUUGAUGUGCUUACUUUGCACCACAGCAAUUUUGUUGAGUUUGACAUUUCACACUGCACAGCAAUUGGAGAGCGUUGUUUGAUUAUAUUCUUCCGAAAAUGAAAUAAUUUAAAUGUUUUGUCAUUAGCCAAUACACCAAGUGUUACUGAUCAGGUGUUAAUACAGAUUGCCAACUACUGCCGGGCACUGGAGCACAUCAAUUUGGUUGGCUGUGCUGCUAUUUCUGACUAUGGUAUACAUGCAAUCGCGACGCAUUGCACUCAGCUACGUUCACUACUUGUGCAACGUUGUCCGCGUGUUACGGAGCGUUCA